UGCAUUUAAUAGAAUGAGGAAGCAGGCAAACUACCUCUGAAUUUCACUGACAAGGAGGAAACGCAACAGCCACACAGAUCCUCUUCAACAGGCAGCAUGAAGGUGCUUCAAGUUGUUCCUCUCAUCUUUCUGCUGAUUUAUACCACCUCCAGCAGCAAGUGGCCUACACACACUAUCUGCAAGAAUGAUAGUUUGGAAGUAAAGUACAGAAGCUGUGAUCCACGGCAAGAUUUUGCUUUUAGCUUCGACAGCUGUUCCAGUGCUGUACCCAAGAAAGUUAACGUUAGAAUAGGAACUAUUUUAAGGUAUCCCAUCAGGGAACUGUCUGUGGAUGUAAGUCUCACUAUUAAUGGGAAGAAAGUCCCAAUUUACUCCAAGAAAAUUUGUGAGCGAGAUCACCCACGGUUUAGUUUCUGUGGAAAGAAGAGAGGAGAAUAUAUCUACUAUGAAGGGCCUGUCUCAAUAGGAUUCCAUGAAAUCCCACAGGGAGAUUUUAAUGUAACAGUGCAACUAUUUAAUGAAGACCAUCACACUAUUAUCUGUGGUGAUUUUGCCAUCAAGAGUCACAGUCAGGAGUUGCUGUCUUAAUCCUGUCAUGAGGGGAAGGACCUAAAACAGCAUGAGUUAGAUAAAUGUGUUUUAAAUAUUAUACAACCUGCACUUUUUCUGCUGUGAUUAUAUGAAACGGGAAAAUAGGUUUGGGUGAAAUGCCUGGUUAUGUUCUGUUGCUUUUAAGGAAGUCCUGGUGUGUUAAUUAAAUUUAUUUCACUGGA